AUGAUCAACUCUAACUUCUCCAGAAUGAGAAGUUUCUUAAUCCUUGGAUUCCCUGGACUUUCCCCUCAGUAUUACGGUCCCAUUUCAGCUCUGCUCUUCUUUAUCUACCUUGUUAUUGCACUAGGAAAUGUGUUCAUUUUAGCAUUUGUGAUGUAUGAGAAGACCCUGCAGAAACCCACAUACCUGGUCUUUUGUCACCUGGCAUUGAAUGACUUAACGUUUGGUACUGUGACUCUCCCAAAGAUCAUAUCCAAAUACUGGUUUGAUGAUGGUGUUAGUUCAUUUCACAGCUGUUUUACACAGAUGUUCUUUGUUCAUUAUCUUGGAUCAGUGACUUCUUUCAUCCUGUUAGGGAUGGCUCUUGAUAGAUUUGUUGCCGUAUGUAUUCCUCUGCGUUAUCCAGUCCUGAUCACUAACAACAUCAUAUCCAUACUCUGUGGCUUAGCCUGGUUCAUACCAAUGCCUCUCAUGGUGACUAUAGUUUCUCAGGCCCUCACUUUACCAUUCUGUAAAUCAAACAUCAUUGCUCAGUGCUACUGUGACCACAUCUCUAUAACAAGCCAGGCGUGUGGGGAUAAAGUUCAAACUGUGGAGGUCAUUGCUCUCUGUCUGGCCAUGUUCUGUCUUCUGCUUCCUCUUGCAUUCAUCAUUUUUUCAUACAUUUCUAUAAUUGUGGUUAUUAUGAAAAUGUCCAAUACUGCUGGGCGCAAAAAGACCUUAUCCACAUGCAGCCCGCAGAUAUUCAUCACAUGUCUAUUUUACCUUCCCAGGUGUUUUGUUUAUGUAGCUAACACUGUUGGAUUUUCUUUCAGUUUAGAUGUCCGUAUUUUAUUGAUACUGUUGUACAGUCUGUUUCCUCCUGCUGUUAAUCCAAUAAUUUACUGUUUUAAGACUCAAGACAUAAAACAGAUGCUGAUGAAGAGGCUUAAAGCAACCAGGAUUGGAGUAGAGAUUAAUCUUUUAUUCUAA